AUGUUUCUUGCUUAUGUAUGGUAUUCACCGAUAGGUUUUCAAAAACAAUGGAUGAAAGCAAUGCAAUCGACAGAAGGUGAAGAAUGUAAUAAUAUGGCUAUUUUUAUGGCACAUGUAGGAGCUUUAUUAAGUUCUUUAUUUUUAAAUAUAUUAUUAAUUGCAUUCGAUAUACGAAAACAUCAAUAUCUUAGUGCUAUGUUGGCUGCUGGAAUACUAUGUGGAUUUUAUGCUUUUAAUGGUUGGAACUAUGUGUUUUUUACAAAAAAAACUGAUCGCCAACGUCAUCGUACAUUAUAUUUAAUUGAUAUUGGCUUUAUCUUUGUUCUUUAUACUCUUAUAUCAUUUGUAUUAGUUAGUUUUUAA